AUGUGUCGGCACAGAAGGUGCAAGGUCGAGGUCGCUGCUAUCAGCGGAACUCUUAUCUGUACCCCUGCCUGCCAGACUUACACCCAUCUUUUUAACACGCUGGUGUUUUCCGACGUGUGGAAGCGCGGCCGUCUGCCGAAUAAGAACACCUUCUAUCCAUCUAUUUCCAUUUUCUCCCUCGACUCGACUCGCCUCGACCUGACCCACCCAUUGCAAGCCUCCGACAAAGAAAUCAAGUCGGCAUACCGGAGGCUAUCUAAGAAAUACCACCCUGACAAGAACCCAGGCGACGAUACUGCCAAGGAUAAGUUCGUCGAAGUCUCCGAAGCCUACGAAGCCCUCAUCGACCCACAGUCCCGGAAAAUCUACGACCAGUACGGCCACGAGGGCCUCAAGCAACGACAGCAAGGCGGCGGCGGCGGCCACCACGACCCUUUUGAUCUUUUCAGUAGGUUCUUCGGCGGAGGUGGUCACUUUGGCGGUCAGGGUGUGCGACGUGGCCCCAACGUCGAGGUCAAGAUCGGUAUCUCCCUGCGUGACUUCUACAAUGGCCGGACGACCGAAUUCCAGUGGGAGAAGCAGCACAUUUGCGAGGAGUGCAGCGGCACGGGCUCAGCCGAUGGCGUCGUUGAUACGUGUGGACAUUGCGGUGGCCACGGUGUGCGGAUCACGAAGCACCAGCUUGCACCGGGCAUGUUCCAGCAGGUCCAAUCACAAUGCGAUCAGUGCGGCGGCAGGGGCAAGGUCAUCAAGCACAAGUGUCCCGUGUGUCACGGCGCCCGUGUUGUGCGGAACCCCACGACGGUGCAGCUCAAUGUCGCUCGUGGCGCGGCGAGAGACUCGCGACUGGUCUACGAGAACGAGGCGGACGCGAGUCCCGACUAUGAGGCUGGCGACUUGAUCGUCAUGUUGACCGAGAAGGAGCCCGACCUGGAACAUGAGAACCCCGACCGAGUUGAUGGAGUAUUCUUCAGGAGGAAGGACGACGAUCUUUUCUGGAAGGAGGUCAUCAGCCUACGGGAGGCGUGGAUGGGCGACUGGGAGAGGAACAUCACGCACCUUGACGGCCACGUCGUCAAGAUUGGCCGCAAGAGAGGAGAGAUCAUCCAGCCCGGCCACGUAGAGAGGGUGCAGGGCGAAGGCAUGCCAAAGUGGCACGAGGACGGCGACAGCGUCUACCACCAAACCGAGUUCGGCAACCUGUACGUCGAGUACGUGGUGGUCUUGCCCGACCAAAUGGAGAGCGGGAUGGAGAAGGAGUUCUGGUCGAUCUGGGAGAAGUGGAGGAAGAAGCUCGGCGUGGAUUUGCAUGCUGACAGUGGAAGGCCAGACAAGGUCGUGGUACAAGAAGACGCGCAUCCACAUGAGGAGUUAUAA